CAUCCAAACAGGGUUGGGGGGCUCAUCUGGGGACUCAAACAGUUGCAGGGCUGUGGAGAUCGACUCCAAUGGCACAGCAACAACCUCGUACUCGAAGCUCUCACCCUGGCCGUCUCCCACUGGCAGAGCAUUCUCUGUCACGCCCAGUUGACCAUCUCCACGGACAACAUCACCGUGGUGUGGUGUCUGAGGAAUCAGGGUACUCUCCACUCUCAGUCCCUGCUCAACCAGACCUUCAGAUUCUUUGACCUGGUGGACCGAUAAGACCUGCAAUUCCUUGUUCAGCACAUUCCAGGUUGCAAGAAUGUUCUGGCAGACGCUCUGUCCAGACCAGACAAGGUGGCUCCCACCGAAUGGCAACUCCGCCCAGAGAUCUUCACUGUCCUUUGUCAAACGAUCGACACUCCAAACAUCGAUCUGUUCGCCACAUCUCAGAAUUGCCAGCUGCCGACCUACAUCUCGCCGGUCCCGGAUCCGGCUGCUGUAGCAGUCGACGCCUUCAGUGUUCCCUGGGAGGGAUUAAGAGCGUACGCUUUUCCGCCUCCGGUUCUCCUUCCAAGGGUUCUUCUAAAGAUAAAGGCCAUUUGACACCUGACACUGAUUUUGGUCGUGCCUUGGUGGCCGGCCAGAAGUUGGUUUGUCGACCUCCGAAACAUCGCCAGAGACAACCCUCUGGAACUUCCGGCGUGGCCCAACCUUCUGCUCCACCCACACAGUCAGUUGCCACACCCAAGCCCCGCCUGGCACAUCUGCAGAAAGCCCUAGGAGCCAAGGGCUAUUCGACUAGGGCGGCCAAGGCUAUUGCUUUAGUCCAUCAACACGGGGACUAUAUGAUGAUAAAUGGUCCUUGUUCCAGGCAUUCUGACAAGCACCAGGAUCCGAUGACAGUGUCACCGCAGUUCCUAGCUGAGUUUCUUCUGUACUUGCGCAGCUCACGUCGAUUAAAAGGCUCUACCAUCUCCACAUACUUGGUCGCCAUCAACUCCGUUCUUGCCAUCCCGGACGACUGGAGAAUGACGAACAUUCCCGAACUUCAGGCCUUGCUGCGCUCGUUCCGUCUCGAAGACCAGAAAGCCAAGUUCAGACUGCCUGCGUGGGAUCUGAAUGUGGUCUUAAAGGCUCUUUGGGAGGCUCCCUUUGAACCACUCCACUCGUCUUCCUUUUACGACUUAGCGAAGAAGACGGUGUUUCUACUGGCCUUGGCUCCUCCCGCCCAGGUUAGUGAGCUCCACGCCCUCGAUGUCUCUCAUGUCCGGUUCGAACACGAGACUCAUGGCGCAGUUCAUCUUGGGCUUCAUUCGGGCGGUCGCAUCUACCAUGGCCCUUCAAAUCAAUCAUGGAAGGCUGUUUUGGGCGAUCCGACACCGGUUUUGCCAGCCACUACCUUCAUGAUGUAGCCUUGGAAGAUGUCACCGGCGUUCAUAUCUUUGGUCCCCUGGUGGUAGCUCAACAUGUCACCAACCCCCAACGCCACUGAUUCUUCGUUACCCUCAGCGGGGCCCAUCGAACACUCUGGUGUUUAUCAACCCAGAUUAGAGGGCUCUACUGCGUUCCGCAUUCGCUCUUAGGUCAGUUCUAGUUUUGGCUUUCCCGCCUCAUACUAUUUCUGUCACCUAUUUCGGGUUCCCUCUUUUGCAUCGACUCUCGUUUCCUUCGACGGGAAUGGUCGCUGGUGUUCCGGUCAUCUCUUGUACAUGCGGUGCAGUUUCAUCGGACCUUUGUCGAGGGUUUUCUUCUGGCUCACAUCUGAAGAUUAUCAGUGCGACGAAUGAGAAUGCAGCCUACAGGUGAACGAGCUAUCACAACAACAACAAAGAUCAAUCUGUGAUAUCUUCUCUGUGAUGUCAUUCUUAUAGUAGCUGUGGUUCAAUGUUCAGAUGUGCAUGAAGAGAAUUUACCUGUAACACCUGGGAUUACCUGUGCCGUUCGAGAUGACAAGACCACUGUGUAAUGUUUACCUUGUAUCUGUGAUUUAUUUUUGUGAUUUUUAAUACAAUUUGAGCCAAAAUUCAUUGUCUGUUUUCAUUUUUUUUCAAGUUUUAUUUCACUUGUAAACACCUGUAAUUAGAAAAUAACAAAGGUUAGAGACAA